AUGAAGAAAGUAAUUCCAUACAUUGCUUCUGGAUUUAAAAAGGAUAAAAUUUGGCUUAGAAGAACAAGAGCACAAAAAAGAGAUUAUCAAAUAUUAGUUGCAAUAGAUGAUUCUCAAUCAAUGGUUAUAAAUAAUGCUGGAGAAAUGGCAUUAGAAACAAUUGCUUUAUUAUCUAGUGCUUUAACUAAAUUAGAAGUAGGAGAGUUAAGUGUUGUUAGAUUUGGAGAAGAUGUAAAAUGUGUUCAAAAGUUUGGAACUACAUUUAAUGAGGAAGAUGGAGCAAGAAUUGUUAAAGAAUUCCAAUUUAAUCAAAACAAUACUGAUAUGGUUAAAUUAAUGAAAUCUUUAUAUGUCUAUUUACAUGAAAGUGGACUUGUUUGUCAACGAUAUAAUCCUUCUAUUGAAUUGGAUGUAAAACAAAUUAUUUUUAUCCUCUCUGAUGGACGAUUCUCUGAUAAAAAUGGUAUUUCUAAAAUAUUAAGAGAUUUCUCUUCAAUGAAGACUUUUGUUGUUUUCAUUGUCUUAGAUAAUCCUUCUAAUGAAUCAAUUCUUGAAAUGAAGAGCGUUAACUUUGAAAAUGGAAAAGUUAAUGUAGAACAUUAUAUGGACACUUUCCCUUUCCCUCACUACAUCAUUCUUCAUGACUUAAACACUUUACCUAAUGUUUUAGCUGAAGCAUUGAGACAAUGGUUUGAAAUGACAACUCAAAACUAA